UCACAAACUCCGCCUAUUUCCUUUAAAAAAAAAAAUCUCCCUGUAAUGUAAGAAAAGAAGCCUUUCACUUUUAAAACCACUGACAGAAGCCUUCAGAAUACAAGUUCCAGGAACACAGAUUUUCCACGUCAAUUCAACAAAUCCCGAUUCCCCUGAAACUGUCCUCGCCACGCAAGGCAGGGGAAAUGACAGCUAACAAUCGCAGCGGGACAUGCGCAGAGGCGAGGCCUCAGGCGCAAUGCAGGAGCCCAUUUAACAGCAUUAAGUUCUUUGUCUUCUGCCAUGGUCUUCUCCAGCUGGCCCAACUCCUGGUGUCAGGCUACCUGAAGGGCUCCAUCUCCACCAUCGAAAAGAGAUAUGGCUUCUCCAGCCAGAAGUCAGGCCUCGUUGCUUGCUUCAAUGAGGUGGGGAACACUGCCCUUAUUGUGUUCGUCAGCUACUUUGGGAGCCGUGUGCACCGGCCUCGUUGGAUUGGACUGGGUGCGCUUGUUGCUAGCCUGGCUGUGUUCCUCAUGGCCCUACCCCAUUUCCUGAGCGGGCCCUACCAGUACAGUCACUCCAUCAGCAACAACAUGGACAAGGACUCUGCCCUGUACCAUGCCACAGACAAGUCACACCUCAAGAUGUCUCCCCAAAACUGCACCCAGCAGGAGAGCAGUACCAACCAGGAGGUGCUUCCCAUCAUGCUCAUGGGCCAGCUGCUGCUUGGCAUUGGUGGGGUGCCCAUCCAGCCCUUUGGCAUCUCCUACAUUGAUGACUACGCCAGCAAGAGAAACUCCCCAUUGUACCUUGGCAUAAUGUUUGCUGUGACAGUGAUUGGACCAGCUGGAGGGUUUAUGUUAGGCUCCUUAUUGCUCCGGUUUUAUGUAGACUUUGACAAACUAGCACCACAUGAAAUAGAGCUGGACACCGGUGACCCCCGAUGGGUUGGGGCCUGGUGGUUGGGUUUCCUACUGGCUGGUGGCCUCCUCUUCCUCACAUCCUUGCCGUACCUUUUCUUCCCCAGGAAAAUGCCAAAAGAGGAAACUGGUGAUGGUGCCACAGAGCCCCAGUCUGAGAAGAUGAUCCAAAACAGGAAGGAUCCUGUUCCUUCCACCAGUUACGCUGAGGAUCUUUCAAUGGUCAAGUUCUUGAAAGCUUUUCCUAAAAUUGUGCUAAGGACACUGAAGAACCCUAUCUACCUGCUGGUGGUGUUGGCCCAGGUCAACCUGUCUGCGAUGGUGGCAGGUCUUGCCACUUUCAUGUCCAAGUUCAUUGAGCAGCAGUUCUCAAAAACAGCUUCCGUCUCAAACAUGAUAAUUGGUGGUGUCAACAUUCCGGUUGCCAUGCUUGGCAUCAUGGCAGGGGGGGGCAUCAUGAGGAGGUUGUGUAUGUCAGUGAAAACUUCGGCCCUGAUGUGCACUGCGAUGGUCUUCACUGCGGUCCUCUUCGGCAUUCCUCUCCUGUUCCUUGGCUGCUCAACACAGAAUAUUGCGGGAGUCUACCCCUCGAGUUAUAAGCCAGAGCCUGCCUGCCAUCUAAACUGCUCCUGUGAUGAUCAGGCUUUUAAUCCUGUGUGUGGCUCAGAUGGUGUAGAAUUCAGGUCACCCUGCCAUGCUGGUUGCUGCAUGAGAAACUUUAAGGAAGGUAAAAUUCUGAACUAUACUAACUGCAAAUGCAUUGGGGCCAAUGGUUCUGGGUUUGCUGUGCCUGGGUCCUGUGGGACAGGGUGCGCCCACCUCUUCCUCCCUUUUGUAGUCCUUUGUGCCCUGACUGGAUUUGUGGCCUCCCUUGUCCAGACACCCUCCUUCAUGAUGAUACUCAGGACAGUGAAGCCAGAGGAUAAGUCAUUUGCCCUGGGGAUUCAGUUUAUGAUGUUCAGAGUGCUAGCCUUCAUGCCAGGCCCAGUUUUAUAUGGAAGUGCCAUUGACACGACUUGCAUCUUAUGGGCAAAAAAGUGCAACAAAAAUACUUCCUGCCGCUACUACAACUUGGAUCAUUUUCGACAGAGGUUCCUCGGCCUUCAGGUGUUUUUCUUAUUUGGGGCAUUCGUCUGCUUCCUGCUGACCCUCAGGAAAAUUAAGGGAAGUGAACCACUGGACAGUGAGGAGAACAAACCAAACAGGCUUCCUCUCAUCAGUAAGCCAAGCAAGUCAGAAGAAAAUGAAAAAAUGUGUAAAUCUGAGGCAUGAUAAUACAACUUUGCUAUAAGCAGCUUUCUGAGGUACUGGGGUUUCCUUCUGGCACCCUUGUCAAACGGACCCCUCUGGCACUUCUUGUGAAUUCAAGUGGUCAGCUGGAGCAGACCACCAGAGUUUUCACACAGAGAUUGUGGAGUGUGAUGCCAAUGUGAGUGAAUCACACAUUUUGUGGGUUAAAAAAACUUCACAGACUAAGGCAUUACAGAUACUGUACAUCCUCAGUCUCAGGAAAUUUCUUUGCCCAUUCCCACCAGAUGUGAGCAGCAGCUGUCUUCUAACUAAGCUUGUAAUGAUAAAAGAAUGUGAUAUAUGAUUAUUGUGUUUUCUUUUUUCUGUGUCAUUGCAUAUUUUUUAUGAUCAUUUUAAGUACUCGCAUAGUUAUACUGCAGUGUUGUUGUUGUAUAUGCUUGCUCCAGGCUUUUAAUAUACCUAAACCACUUAACUGCAUCUACCAAAGUAAAAAAGUACAUUUCUCUGAUGUCGUUCUGUAUGGUUUUAAAGUACUAUGUUCACAAUUUUUCUGAAGAUGUUUGAAUGUUGGGGGUGCGGUGGUGCAGUAGGUUGGACUGGGUCCUGCUCUCGGGUGGGUCUGGGGUUC